AACGUCACGUUCCUACAGGGCCUUUUAUCUGAUGAAACUAAAACCUCAGAAGGAAGGAUAAUUUCUAAUUUUGGAAUAUGACUACGUCACAUGAAAACCAAGAAUACAGCUUAUAGUUAUCUAAAGUCACUCCUGAUCGAGAGUUUCGGUUUUGCAUGAUGGUUGCAUUGGUUAAUGAAAUUCUGUCGUCCAACCAAUGAUUGCAAAGAUUUUGUUUUCUCAGCCAAUCUGAUACAAGCCCCGAAAUUUACUGUUGACUUCACGUACCAAAAUGUUCCCCCGCCUUUCGCCUCAGUUGUGCAGUGAUUGAUCGCUCUGAGUGGUGGAUUCUGUUUCGGCGGGAAAAGGACGGAAGCUGUAAUGCACAAGCUCACUGAGACGAAAGAAACCGUGCAGUGAGUAGAACGCGGCUAGCCGCCGACUAUGCAGAAGGUAGCCAACCUUCUGAUAAAAUUUAUGAAUGAAAUAACUAUUUAAGAUACUCUCCUUAUCGAUUGCAGCCGGCUCGACUCCAACCCUCUGAACUGCACAUGUGACAUUCUGUGGCUGGCCAGGUUGCUCAAGAAGACACCAAACACGGAGACUGCAGCUACAUGCGCUGAGCCCGCGAAUAUGCAAGGAAAACCAUUGGUGAGACUCACGCCAGAAGAUUUCAACUGCGUACCACCAACAUUUGUGAAAACACCGACCAACAUCGAGGUGUCUGUCAGGGAUCGACAGGUGUUGUUCAGAUGCCUAGCCACAGGCUACCCAACACCGACUAUAACAUGGCGGAAAGACGGAAAACCUCUUAAGUCAGACACACGUCACGUUAUGACUGAAAAUGGCGCGUUGAACAUCAUUGAUCCUAGGUUCUCUGAUGAGGGAAGUUAUGAGUGCGUAGCGCAGAACUCUGCUGGCGAGAUUGUCAGCAAGGCGGCGUUAAAUUAUUUUGGAGUUGAAGCUCCACCAUUCCUGAUCCAGUAUCCUCAUUCUAAAGUGGAAUCGAUAGAAAGAAAUCCCGUUACCCUAACUUGCCGCGCCCGCGGUAAUCCGAGACCUAUUAUCGAAUGGAGUAAAGAAGGUCUGCCGUUGAACUUGGAUCCUCAUUAUGAGGUCAUGCCAUCCGGGGACUUGUACAUCCGGGAGGUGCGCAUUGUGGAUCAUGGAACGUACAGAUGUCGUGCUACCAACAGGGCUGGGGGCGUGGCGGCUUCAACGAGGUUGAUUGUAACAGCCCCACCAAAGUUUACCACAAAACCCGAAAGUACCGAGGUACUUGAAGGUAGUACAACUGAACUCCAUUGCCGAGUGAGUGGUCACCCAGUACCAGCUAUCGCUUGGACCAAAGAUGGCGACCGACUGCCAUCUCGAGAUCGUCACGUUGUGUUACCUUCCGGAACUUUAAGAAUACUGUUUGCCUCGCCGAGUGAUCAGGGGCAGUACGAGUGCCAAGCGAUCAACGUUAUCGGAGUGAGACUGGCUCGAGCGUUUCUGACAGUGAAACCGCGAGUUCCACCGUCCAUCGUGGAGUCGCCCACAGACAUUAUUGUGUCGGCUGGUCAAACAGUUCAAAUUCGUUGCUCCGCUUACGGUGCUCCCAAGCCAAUCAUAACAUGGAUCAAAAACAACGUACACAUUACUGAGGCAAACAGGUACUCGUUUGGCCCAUCCGGAACCCUGAGCAUCCGGGAUGUUGGCAAGGCUGACGAGGGGAGGUACGAAUGUGCAGCUCGCAAUAGCAUUGGCGCAGCCUCUGCGCAGAUGACACUCACAGUGCAAAUCCCUACAGACGAAAAUAGGAUUGGUAUUGACAUCAUUAAUAAAACGGUGGUUCAAGCCAAAGAAAAUGUGGAUAGGGCUCUUAACGCCAGCAUUAAGAAGCUCUUUGCCUCUUCGCAGCCAAGGAAACCCAGCGAUCUCCUCGCCCUCUUCCGUUUUCCAUCACCCGCCGCCCAGCAAAUCGCCCGAGCCGCGGAAAUAUUCGAGCGAACGAUCCAGCUGGUUCAUGAGCACGUGAAGGAAAUGGACAGGGUGAAUGUAAGCAACGACAAAUACAACUUCUUUCACCUUCUGUCUCCAGCACACGUGGGUGUGAUUGCCAACUUGUCAGGUUGCAGUGCCCACCGCCGGAUCAACAACUGCUCUGAUAUGUGCUUCCACCACAAGUACCGCACCUUCGACGGCACUUGCAACAACCUGCAGCAUUCCAUGUGGGGCGCGUCUCUGACGCCAUUCAAGCGCCUGUUGAGCCCUGUUUACGAGAACGGUUACAACACGCCCGUGGGCUGGCAGGACACAGAGGGAAGGCCUAGCGCGCGCCUUGUAUCAACAGAGCUGAUAUCAUCCAAUGAGGUGACCGACGAUGCACAGUAUACCCACAUGUUGAUGCAGUGGGGACAGUUCUUAGAUCACGACAUCGACUUCAUUGUCAGCAGUCUGAGUACGUUGAGAUUUAGCGACGGUCUGGAUUGCACGAAGCAGUACAGCGUUUGUGAUAAUCAGCCGCCAUGCUUCCCUAUUCCAAUCCCAGCUAACGAUCCCCGCAUAAAGGGACACGGGUGCAUGCAAUUUACUCGCUCAAGUGCGGUCUGCGGUACCGGGACGACCUCGGUGUUUUUCAGCGCGGUGACUCCGCGAGAACAGAUGAACCAAAUCACUUCCUACAUUGAUGCGUCAGUCGUCUACGGUUCAUCGGAAGAGGAGAUCAUGAAUCUGCGAGAUUUGGAAAGCAAAGGAUUGCUCAAAUCAAACCCCAACAUCGACAAUGGGAAGCCAUUGCUUCCUUUCAACAGGGACACGCCCAUUGAAUGUCUCCAACCAGACAACAGCCCUGUCCCGUGUUUCCUUGCGGGAGAUUUUCGCGCCAACGAGCAGCUUGGCCUUCUGUCGAUGCACACCAUAUGGAUGCGUGAACAUAACCGCAUUGCUCAGGAGCUGGGAGAUUUGAAUCCUAACUGGGACGGAGACAAAGUGUACCACGAGGCACGUAAAAUAGUAGGGGCCGAGAUGCAACAUAUCACAUACACUGAAUGGCUCCCUAAGAUUCUUGGCCCUCGAGGAAUGGCCCUUGUGGGGACCUAUAGUGGCUACGAACCGAAUAUCGAUGCAGGGAUUGUAAACGCAUUUGCCACAGCAGCUUUCAGAUUCGGUCACGGCCUCAUCAAUCCGAUUAUUUUCCGUCUUAACUCUUCGUUUCAACCCAUCGAACAAGGUAACAUUCCUCUUCACAAAGCGUUCUUCUCGCCUUAUCGGCUAGUCACCGAGGGUGGCGUGGACCCAAUUCUACGUGGGCUCUUCGGUAGGGCCGCCAAGAGUCGCGAUGACAAGCACCAACUUAUUAACUCGGAGCUCACAGAGAGGCUCUUCGAAAUGGCUCACGAAAUAGCCCUCGAUCUUGGUGCCCUCAAUAUUCAGAGAGGAAGGGACCAUGCUUUGCCAGGCUACAACAGUUGGCGUGGCCUUUGCAAUCUCUCUGUGGCUGAAACAUUCGAUGACUUUAAAAACGAGAUAGUGGAUAGCGAUAUUCGUGACAAGCUGCGAGAACUUUACCAACACCCUUCCAAUGUUGACUUGUGGGUAGGAGGUCUUCUGGAGGAACUGGUGCCCGGCUCAUUACUGGGGCCUACUUUCGCUUGUAUCAUAGCUGAACAGUUUAGAAGAACACGAGCCGGAGACAGAUUCUGGUAUGAAAGCCCGUCCACCUUCGACCACUCUCAGCUGAUUCAAAUCAAACAGACCUCACUUGCUAGCGUUCUGUGCGACAAUGGUGACGGCAUUGACCGGGUUCAGCGAGACGUGUUUCUCCGCGCCACCUACCCCACGGGAUACGUUGCGUGUUCUUCAAUACCCCGUAUGGAUCUGCGCAUGUGGAAAUAUUGCGAAGACGAUCACUGUUCCUCGCCAGACAAGACUCCUACGUUUACUGAACAUGUUCAAAGCCGCCGCUUUAAACGUUCAGCUGAAGAAUACAAUGCUGAUACAAGAGAACUAGAAUUCAAAGAAAUGGAAUAUAUGGACUUGUAUGAUGAAGAGGACCCUGCUGGCGAGGAAAAACAAGGGUUAAUCAAUCAUCCAUUAGAACAAAAGGAUUUAGAUUUGGCGGAAAGAGUCGAGGAACUUGAACAGACAGUAGCAAGCAUGGCUGGAAGUUUGAGGAAGCUAGAAGAUGCAUUUAACAGGCUUCAAAGUCAGAUGGAAAUAGAUAGAGAAGUAGAUGUACUCAAAAAAGAACCAACUGCGAAAGAAACGAAAGGCUGUGGAGUUGAUCAAGGCACUGCUCGUAUGGAGGGCGAUACAUGGCAGAAAGAUGUUUGUACUCGGUGUUCUUGCAAGGAAGGAGAAAUUCGGUGUAUAGCAAAAAUAUGCGACGAGCUAUUAUGCGAGAAAUCUCACAAAGUCCAAAAUGAAUGCUGUCCGCGCUGUCAAGAGUGAACCGGUUCACCGUUGCAACCGUCCAGGCGAAUCAGCUGGUAUAAAUAUAUUUAGAUCUGUGAAAAUGCCGUGGUUGCUGAAAUACUCCUUUUUGGCCACUCCUAAAUUAUUUUUUAUUUCGCAAACAUUAGCAAGUAAGCCAUUUAUUCGUCGGCUUGAUGCUGACUACAUCGGGCCCAAGAUCGAGAAUUCAACCCUGGCUAGAGUCACUUUGUUUUUUCCAGUUGUUUGGCACAUGCAUUGCAGGAGCAAACUAACAAAAGGCCACUGGAUUCAGCCGGAUUUCAGGUUACAAGCUAAGGGAGCAGCGAGGGUAGAACAAAUAUUUCGUGCAGGGAAGUAGUGGUCAAAAUAACUCGUGGUUGCCGUGGAAACCGCAGUUGAGCACCAAUUAAAAUUCAGCUUAUUAAUAAUAACGACGCUUGAAACUAUGUGCAUUACACGAAACCUUACUCGAUAAAGUAACGUGACCUAACGUGUCACAAGUGCAUGGAGUGGCGUUACGUAGCGUGACGUACAAUGACGUGACUUCGCCCCCUUUCUAUGAAAAUAAUUUAGGAACGGUCAUGAAGGGCUCACGUAAAUUUAAGCCAUUUGUUUUAUUUUUAUUCAGCUAGCAUUGUGUUUAAUUUUGGAGCUAUGAAUGGAUAAUUGGCUUACAGAAAAACGCUUGAUAAAAGCAACGCUUGCUGUAACUCUCAACAGACGGGAAUGGAAAUAAAACGUUUUUAGAUAUUGGAUGUUGUAAGGCUGCUUCGCGAAGUAAGCAUAUCUCGAUCGCGCCCAGAUCUCUCACGAUAGGAACGUUAUCUAGCUCCGUGCGGAGAGUUAAUUCCUGAGCUUAAAAUGGAAAUUCUCUUAACCGAUUAACAUACAUUUCUUUUCAUGUUUGUUCUGAGAAUUAAGUUGUACGUCAAGUCAAUAAAGAUUUAGUUGUUCUAGCUAA